CCUGGGUGGCCGCCAUGGGCCGGAAGCGGCUCAUCACUGACUCCUACCCCGUGGUGAAGAGGCGGGAGGGGCCGGCCGGGCACAGCAAGGGGGAGCUGGCAGCUGAGCCAGGGGAGGAACCCCAAUUCCCUGGCACCGACCUAGACGAAGAGCAGCUGGAACUGCUCAGGCAGUUCGACCUGGCCUGGCAGUACGGGCCCUGCACAGGGAUCACACGGCUGCAGCGCUGGCAUCGGGCAGAGCAGAUGGGCUUGGACCCUCCCCUGGAAGUACAUCAGGUGCUACAGACCCACCCCGGAGACCCCCGUUUCCAGUUCAGGGGUUCAGGACAGCUCGCCCCCCGCGUCCAGCCGCUGCCCGAAGCCCCCGCAGGUGGCCCGCCCGGCCCGCCCUCGGGAGUACCUGUCGGCGGCGCUGCCUUCGGGCGGCCGGGGAUGACCAGGGACUCGCCACCUCCGGCCCCCGGCCGCUCCGCCUCAAAAAAGCUGCGGUCCUUAAAGGGCGCGGACGCCGGGGACGCCGCGGAGGGCCGGGCAGCGCUGGACCCUGGAGGCCGGCUGGCCUGGCCUCCUGCCCUCAGUCCCCUAGUUUGCUCCUCCACAGCCGGCUGA